CUCCUCGUGAAGGCGGCGCCAUUUUCAACGUAGGAGGGUGGAGACAGCGGGAGUGUUCGCGAGUGGCGGGGGACCUGGCAGAGCUCGGUCGGCUCCUGGAUCUGUAAGCGUUCACAAUGGAUGACAAGCGACUUUGGGAACACAUUGGGUGUAGCUUUGUUCAACAUUAUUACCGCCUGUUUGACAGUGAUAGGACACAAUUAAAAUCUAUAUAUACUGACGCUUCAUGUCUGACUUGGGAAGGACAGCAGUAUCAAGGGAAGGAUGCUAUUAUUGAAAAAAUAUCUAUGCUUCCCUUUCAGAAGAUCCAGCAUAGUAUCACCUCACAAGACCAUCAGCCAACACCUGACAACUGUAUAGUCAGUAUGGUUGUAGGCCAGCUUAAGGCAGAUGAUGACCCUGUUAUUGGAUUUCAUCAGAUGUUUUUACUAAAGAAUGUCCAGGAUGUCUGGGUCUGUACGAACGACAUGUUCCGGCUAGCCCUGCACAACUUUGGUUGAAUUUGACAGCUUGAAGAGAGGAAACUAGAAUUCAUCUGCCCUAAAUGGUUUUUUUUUUGUUUU